AUGUGUGGGAAUCGGAUGCGUGCUUACGCGGGGGGGGUCGUGCCCCUAGACGGUGAUCUCAACUGGUGGACACGUGGACACGUGAAAAUGAGUAGCGCCCGGCGCGGUGUGAUUGGCUUGCUGCAAAUUAGAGAGCGAGGCGAGUGGGCCGAAUUUUUGCAUCACAAGAUAUUCCGACUCCAACGACUCGGUGCUUCAGCCGGAUCCAUCCUCUGCGAACCUCGCCCCCUUCCAUCGCCGUGCCCGACUCCCCCCGUCCCAUUCACCAAUGUCGCCCGUAACAUUUGUGCCCUCUCCGCUCUUCCCCCAGCGCGCCCCGCGUCGCCCCCUCUCCUGCCUCUCCUGCGCCCGCGUCAACCCUGUCCACGCCGUGACGCCGCGCAUGUCCGCCGUCCCACUGCCAGAUGA